UAGAAAAGAUUAGGCAACUAAUUUCGGAAGAGAUAGAAUCGGGUUUUCGUGUGUCGGGUCGGAUCGGAACGGAACUACCCAUAUUAUAAAACGGGUCAUUAAGACCCGUCUCUGUGUAGUCUAAGUUGGGGGUAUCCGUACCGGUAGACCCGCAACGACUAUUGUGUUCCCUUCAUCCUUCAAUUUCUCUUCCUGCACACACAGCAUCAUCGUCUUCGUCGUCGUCUCCGAUCAAUCAAUCCCCUUUCUUAUUCGCCGUCUUCACUCACUCUCUCUCUCUCUCUCUAUAUAUAUAUAUAUCUAUCUAUUCGCUCUUGCAGAAGCACGAGGUAAGGCUGUGUAAGAUAAAUCCAAUUCAGUCUGGCCCGUUUUUGACCCACGGAUAUAGCUGGAGCUUAGUGCACCUGGCUGCCGUUUGUGUCAUUCUUUUCCCGCGUACUCUUACAUGUGCUCUGCUCAAACUUGGUGUGUGGAUAGAUAAUAUGCCAUAGCUGAGAAAGAAUAUGCUUCACUAGCAUUUCCAUCUCUUGGACAAGGACUAUAUAUUAUUGGACUGUUAUCCUCUGCAGUGUGUAAGCUGAAGCUGAGCUGAACUGCAUCCUGCUUAUAACUUUUGGGAACAACAUGCAGCAAGCUGUUCAGACAAGGUCUUUUGCUAAUGGAUUUGGCAGUCGUAAAGGCGAAAAAGAAAUUGGGACAAGGUUGGAGAGUAGAACGCAGUCUACAAAGACGACUUCCAGCAAGUCGACAGCUGUUGGUAAAAGGGGAUCAUAUGAAAGCCCUUCACAUGAUCGACUAGUUUAUUUCAGUACAUGUCUUCUUGGACAUCAAGUGGAAGUACAAAUGACGGAUGGAUCCGUGUUUUCAGGCAUAUUUCAUGCAACAAAUCCUGAUAAAGAUUUUGGUAUUAUUCUGAAAAUGGCUCACUUGAUAGAAGAUGGUUCCCAGGGGAGGAAGAAUACUUCUGAAUCCCUGAACAAACCUCCAACAAGGACUUUGAUAAUUCCGGGUAAAGAGCUUGUGCAAGUUAUAGCAAAGGGUGUGCCUUCAACUUUAGAUGUCUUCAGAGCUGAAUUGCUGCGGGAAAAACAGCAGGAACUGUUGACAGAUUCAUGCAUAUCACAGUCCCGGCAUGGUGAGGUGGAGAGGCAGUUGCAACGUUGGGUGCCUGAUGAUGAUGCUCUUGAAUGUCCUGAGUUGGAUAACAUAUUUGAUGGCCACUGGAACAGGGGCUGGGACCAGUUUGAGGCCAAUGAAACACUAUUUGGAGUAAAAAGCACAUUCAAUGAGGAACUUUAUACUACAAAGCUCGACAAAGGUCCUCAAAUGAGGGAGUUGGAAAAAGAAGCUUUAAGAAUAGCUAAGGAAAUCGAGGGUGAAGGAACACGUGAUCUUCAUCUAGCAGAGGAGAGAGGAAUUCAACUUCAUGGGAACCUUGAAGUUGAUGAAGAAACCAGAUUUUCAGCAGUUGUUAGAGGGGUUGAUGAUAGUGGCUAUGGUGAUUGUGAGGACAUACUGAUGGAUUCACGUAAUGAUGAAACAUUUCAAUGUAGGGAAUUCUCAUCAAGAUCUUCGUCUGUGGAUGAAUUGCAAUCUUCUCAGUUGAGUACCAGCAGGGAUGCCUAUCAGACUAACAAUGAUGAUCAUAGCAAACAGUUGUCAGCUGAACAUGUUCUUCAAAGUGCCUCGAUGAUGGAUGAGAGCAGGGGGCACAAGAUCACGUUCAGUGGACUUGAUGGAGCUAGUUGCAAUAAAGAGGAGAUGAGAAUGCAAACGUUAGCUGAAGGGGCACAGACAUCAAUACCUGAAGAUUCCAAGUCAUCACUAAGAGUGGAAAAGGAAACCUUGGAUAAGGGAGGGUCGUCUAUGGAUGUCUCUCCAUUGUCUCCCCCUCGUGAAUGCCAGGAAAAAAUCACAGGUUCUUCUUGUGAAAAGGAGGCUGAUGCAUCUUCCAAGAGUCGAGACAAUGCCCGAUCUGCUCAUUCUUAUGUCAGACCUAGCAGUUCUGCUUUAUCCUCUAUUGACAAAGCAGGUGCUGCAUCUAGUAAUGGGUUAUCACGUAGCUCCUCCGUGAGUUCAUUUUCUUCAGAAAAAUCCACAAAGUCCACAUUAAAUCCACAUGCUAAGGAAUUUAAAUUUAAUCCCAACGCGAAGAGCUUUGUCCCAUCUCAAGCGACUAUGAGACCGGCGUCUCCAGUGUCUGAUAAUUCCUUCUACUAUCCAGCUGGGAUGGCUGCUAUGCCACACAUGCAUGGCAUGUCUAUGGGCAUUGGGGUUGGUCCGUCGUUUGCUGGACAUCAGUCUGUUGUAUUUAAUCCACAGAGUACCCCUGCACCACAGCCGUAUUUUCAUCCAAAUGGACCUCAGUAUGGACAGCAGAUGAUGAUUGGUCACCCUCGGCAAGUUGUCUACAUGCCAACUUAUCCCCCUGAGUUGCCGUACAAGGGAAGAGGAGAGUAUUGACCAGUCGUCGCUGACUUGGUGGCUGAACCCUUUGCUAUUAUGUGAAACAAAUUUGUGACAGUAGAUCGCUUGGAUCAUUUAUUGGUGCUUAAAGUCCUGAUAUAAUAGCUGCAAUCUGCACCUGCUGACUGAAAUGGUUCUGUUAGAACUUCUGUAUAAUGGCGAAUCAGUUAUUCUACUUUUCCUUAUCAUAGAUUUUAUUUUCUUAAGCUCUCAGUGUUCUUUGUCAUACUGCAGUUUAUUUCGUCUUGCGGGUUUGUUAAACUCUUUUUUUCUUGGACAAAAUUUAACCAGUCUGUCCUGUAUUGUCUUAUUACAUGAUGGUUGGGGUGUGUGAGAACUUGUUUUCGUCCAAUGAUAAGUGUUUGUUGGUACAAAA